CUCCUUCCUCGUUACGAUUGAUCACCGAGAACCCUAAUUUCGUUCUGUGGCCAGCGCAUUGGAAUGUCAGAUUGACUGGUUCCAGUGGAUGGUAGGCAUAGUCUGGCUGACAAUUUGUCUCGGCUGCUUAACCCGAUAGUGAAAGUGGCAGAAACAUCACUCACUGUCAAUCUUGAAUCAAAAAAAUUCAGAAACAAAUAUCAGCUUUUGAAUUUGAAGGAAAAGAUCAAAGAAGUAGAGCUUCAACCUGGAACUGUCUUUGGAAAUCUUGAAAGCUCAGAAGCUGAACAAACCUUGCUAAAAAUCGAGUUUGUUCUACGAGUCAGAGAAGAUGAACAAGCAUUGAAGUCGACGAAAACCAGAUCUUAGAAGCAUUAAAAGCAAAGGGCAUGAAGCAUGAGGAGGUUACCGACGCAAGGGAGUCUCUUUACCGAGCUGGGGAGCUUGAAGAAAAGAGCAAAGGCACCUGAAGCAACCAUCAAGCAGUCAUACCCACAUAUUGCUUAGACUUGCAGGAUACACCUGAAAGCAGAAGGAUGUGGAACUCGAUGAACUGAUACCGAGUCAAACCGUUGAAAUGGAGAAGAAGAAUUGCAGAACUCGAGAACGCAGCAUCGCUUGUGGAUCGUGCAAGAGUUUGUGGGGACGAUGAAGACCAAGACAAGCAGGUGUGGGUUUUUGGCCCAUUACUGCUCUCUUUAUAAGCCUCUGCGGGUGUGGGGUUAGGAGUCUCCUACCGUCUCCUCUCCGAUUCCUCUCCUCUGCCACCGCCCCUGCAACCAGGGGGGGCCCUCUGCCGCGCGAAAUGCACCAACGAUGACGCCGCCCGCCUCCAAUUCGGUGGGAAGCUAUCCCCCGCAGUCACGGUCCCCGAAACCCCCUCCAUUGCGCUGGAUCCUAAGGAUUUGCUCUUUGCGACCAUUAGCCUAUUCAUUCUCAAUGGUUCAGAGAUCAGUUUGAUGUGGGCCUAGCAAACAGCUUUCCAAGAAACCAUUUUGUGUGAUGAGGCUUUCAGACAAUCAGGGCAAUCGCUUGGGAUCAACACAAUCAGAGGAGUCAGCCUUGGACACACACAGAAAUUUAUGCAGUCAUUUGCCUUAUAAUCGAUCUCCUCUCCAACUAAUUGCAUCAGCUGGUCAGCACCCUGAAAAUAGUGCCGCAUACUUUUUGUGGCCUACCUCUACCCUAAUGCAUGGUGCUUCUGAAGGACGAUCUAAGUACUUCGAGAACCUUCAGAAAGGAGUACUGCCAGGACAUCUUGGCCAUCUGCCAACUGGACAGCAAGCAAAAACACUUCUUGAUCUGAUGAUUAUAAGAGCAUUCCACAGCAAGAUCCUGCGUCGUUUCAGUCUUGGUACAGCUAUAGGCCAUCGAAUCAGAAGGGGAACAUUGACUAACAUUCCAGCAAUUCUAGUUUUUGUUGCAAGAAAAGUUCACAGGAAAUGGCUUGGCCACAACCAGUGUCUCCCAUCCGCCCUUGAGGGACCAGGGGGCGUAUGGUGUGAUGUGGAUGUGGUGGAAUUCUCUUAUUAUGGUGCACCAGCACCGACUCCAAAGGAACAAUUGUACAGUGAGCUUGCGGAUGGGUUACGAGGAAGUGAUCCAUGCAUAGGUUCAGGCUCUCAGGUCGCGAGCCAAGGGACAUACGGGACUUUAAGUGCCAUUGUGAAAAGUCGAACAGGCAACAAACAGGUUGGUUUCCUGACAAACCGUCAUGUUGCAGUUGAUCUGGAUUAUCCUAACCAGAAGAUGUUUCAUCCAUUGCCACCCAAUCUUGGACCUGGUGUGUACCUGGGGGCUGUUGAGAGGGCAACAUCAUUCAUCACUGAUGAUGUAUGGUAUGGAAUAUAUGCAGGAACAAACCCAGAAACUUUUGUGCGAGCUGAUGGUGCAUUUAUACCCUUUGCCAAUGACUUUGAUAUGUCCUGCAUUACCACUGCAGUGAAAGGACUGGGUGAGAUUGGAGAUGUUAAGGUUAUAGACAUGCAAUCACCAAUCAACAGCCUUAUCGGGAGACAAGUGGUGAAGGUCGGAAGGAGCUCUGGUUUGACAACUGGAACUGUAAUGGCUUAUGCACUAGAGUACAAUGAUGAGAAAGGAAUAUGCUUCUUGACAGAUUUUCUUGUUGUGGGUGAGGACCAACAAACCUUUGAUCUGGAAGGUGAUAGUGGGAGCCUGAUUAUUCUAACAGGACAAGAUAGUGAGAAACCUAAACCUAUAGGUAUCAUCUGGGGUGGGAUUGCUAAUAGAGGAAGGCUGAAGCUUAAAAAUGUCCAUGAACCAGAAAAUUGGACCAGUGGAGUUGAUCUGGGUCGCCUUCUCGAUCUCUUGGAACUUGAUCUUAUAACAACAAGUGAAGGACUAAAAGAUGCACUACAGGAGCAAAGAUUUGCCUUAACAGCUACUAUCAAUUCUGCAGUUGGUGAAUCAUCUCCAAUAGUAGGGAGCCUUCCACCUAAUGAGAUAUUUGAACCUCUAGGCAUUAACCUUCAACAGUUCCCUCCUGAAGGUGGUUCUGGUUCAGGAGAGAAUGUACCUUUCACAGAUAUGGCGUUUCAUGUGGAGACAGCUGAGGUUGCAAACAGUGUGGAAGAGCAUCAGUUCAUUCCGAAUCUAAUUAGCAUGUUGCCAAUGCAUCGCAGAGAAGACAACCUGGAAAGGAAGAAUCUAUCUGCACCAACUAACCUAUCUGACGAAGAUCCUUGUGUUUCACUGCAACUGGGGGACCGAGAACCGAAGAGGCAGCGUUCUGGUCAAAAUGAAGAUUAGUUUCUACCAAAGUGAAGCAGCUAUUCAUCAUGUCGGAGCUACUUCUCUAGUUACAGCUUCAUGCAAGAUAUCCAUGUGACAUGGAUAUGACAAAAAAGGCUCGGGUAGUUUUGCAUUUUCUGAAGAGAAUUUUUGAAGGCUUUGAAAGGGAAGCCUCAGUCUUCUUUGAACCGAAGAAUAGCCUCCACUUGGAGAAUCUUCUCUUUUUAGAAGUUAUGAUCUGGAACUACUCAUAGUUGAAAGGUCGGACAGUCAAAUUUUGAUUGCUAGGACUUUUUACAAACAGAUGUAGAAGAAAGACCAUUUAUUGGAAAGAUUUCAGUCAAUUUGCCCAGCUUAAGCUCA